GACAUGCAACGUCUUUGUGUCCAUGUAUGUUUGUCCAAUGAUACAGCAGCUGCUGAAACUGGUUUGGCAGAAUUUCUGAGGAAAGGAUGACAAAUAACAACUGAGAAGAAAAAGGAGCAAGAGAGUUUUUCUCUUGACUUCAUCUUACUUCACUGCUCUCUUAUUAAUCUUCUCUUGCUGGUGUCGACAUACUGGGUAUUUGAGUGGCUUUUCAGCACCAGAACUUUUCUGUCUCCCAGAUCACAGAAGCAGGGAUGAACUGGUCGGGACUGGAGAGUCUGUUGAGUGGAGUCAACAAAUACUCCACUGCAUUUGGGAGAAUCUGGCUUUCCAUGGUGUUUGUGUUUCGUGUUCUGGUGUUCGUGGUGGCAGCGCAGAGGGUGUGGGGAGAUGAAAGCAAAGACUUUGUGUGUAAUACCAAACAGCCUGGUUGUACCAACGUUUGCUAUGACCACAUCUUCCCCAUCUCCCAUAUCCGCCUGUGGGCACUGCAGCUGAUCUUUGUCACCUGCCCAUCUUUAAUGGUCAUGGCUCAUGUUAAAUACCGAGAGGGGAAGGACAAGAAAUAUGUGGAGCAGCACAACGGCUCUCAUCUGUAUGCUAACCCUGGCAAGAAGAGAGGUGGCCUGUGGUGGACUUAUCUGUUGAGUUUGGUCUUCAAAGCAGGAUUUGACACAUCGUUUCUCUACAUUCUAUAUCGGAUCUAUCACGGAUAUGACUUGCCCAAGUUAUCCAAGUGUUCGCUGGAACCAUGCCCAAACACUGUUGAUUGCUUCAUCAGUCGUCCAACAGAAAAGAAGAUCUUCAUGUUGUUCAUGGUGGUAUCCAGCGGCAUCUGUAUCUUCAUGUGCAUCUUAGAGAUGACUUAUCUCAUCGGCAAACGCAUAGUUAAAAGGAUAAAAGCCCAAUAUGAAAAUAAGAGGCUUGCAUUUGCUGAACAGCAUGAGCUCGGCGUUAUUGUACCUCCCAGGUCCCAGUAUUUGAGGACUGAUCCAACCCUGGCAGAAAGCCAGCUGAGCUUAAACAAGAGGGAGAAGACUAAAAAUGGCUGUACAACUACGCUGUUGUAGAACCUACUGGACACAAUGGGUUUGUGAAGGUUGGUGGCCAGCAGAAACAGGAUAGUUACUUUUAAAACUCAUAAAAUGGUUGCUCUUCUGUGCUGUUAUUUUGUGAUCCCACAUCAGCUGCUUAUGUGGACUAGUAGCGUUGGAUAUCGUAUUUCUAAGAGCUACAGAGACAAACAUUCACAUUUUGCUGGCUUUUAAAACACGAGUGGAAUCUGUGGAGCAUUGCUGAUCCUGAAUGUUUGAUUAAAUGCUCUGCUAUGUUGUAAAUGUCUUUUUAUUGGUAUAUCUUUGGCACUUCAAAAAGCCUUGUUAACUCUCAGUUCUCUGUGGAUUAUUUCCACUUACACGAUCAAUCUGAAGCUGGAGACUAAACAAUGCAAAUACUAUGUUUUCAGCUGCCCAACACUGAUUAAGUUGUGAUAGUUUCUCUAAAUCUGCAGAUUAACUGUAUUUUUCCGAUCAGCUAAAAACUGUGAGGUUUGGAUAAAAAUUGCUUUGCAAGGGCUGUUUAGAGAUGCCUAAAUAAUCAGAACUUAAAAAUUACUCAAUGUUUUUUGGGUCUGUCUGCAAUAUAUUGUGCUUUCUUUUUAUUUAUUCUUUGUUUUUAUAUUUGCUUAUAUAUGUUUUGCACAUUUUGAAAAGUCAACGUUUAUGAAAAGGCAGUUAUCCCAGUAAGGGCAAAGAUAUAAACAGUUUACAAGUACUGAGAGGCGAGAGAAGGAAUAAUUUCAAGCAGUGGACAGCUUUAAAGUUCUGUAGAUUUAUUUUGUGCAAUAAAUUUUUUAUUUUUUUAUUUUUUACUUUAAUAGUCUGAUUUUUUUAGUCAGAUUGACAUGGUUCAAAUAAUGUAAACACACUGUCCAAAAAAUGAUUUGAAAAAGCAUUAAAAUUUGUAGUUUUCA